AUGUUCAAUGUUUUAGAAAUUUCUCGGUUAGAAUUACGAAUAUUAGAUAUAUCGCAAAAUGAACUCAGUGAAUUACCAUCGGAUUUACGCUUUAUGAGUACGAUGGUGGAUUUGCGCAUCGACGCUAAUCCGCUUAAACGACCACCUAUCAAACUUUGUCAAAAGGGUCGUGAACAUGUUUUCAAGUGGUUGAGAUCACAUGCAGAACAUACGUCUGAAAUUGUUUCAGAAAAUGAUCAAAUAUUUAAACGGCCCGCUGAGAAUAUGAUUGAUGGAAAACGUAUGGAGAGGCGUUCUCGUACUGCACGUUUUAAUACCGUUAGCGGCAAUGAAUCAAAUUAUAUAUCAACCUUUGAUAGUAAUCGUUUUUCUCGUGAACAACAAAAAGUAGCAUCACCAGCUGGUUGCUUAUUUGAUAUUGAUGAACGUUGUCAAUUGCACUGCCAUGAACAGCAACGGAAUCCCGUAACUGUAUGCUCUAAUUACAAUACUGCUGAUGGUAUAACUGCGCCUAAAUCAGUUAAUGAAAUUGUUACUGAUAAGAGUGCUGCUGGCGGGGAAUUGCUGCAAGAAAUAAUGCAAGCUUAUGAUCAGAAGGUCAGUGCUAGUAGUGUUUCUCAACAAGCAUCUCGUCUGCCUCAUUCAUCAACAUCUGAGUACCAUACUUCAACCGAACUGGCUUUACUGUUUCCAUGUAGCAGUACUAUCUCUUCCACAGUCAUUACUCCCACAACAAAUUCAUGUUUGUCUUCUACGGGACAAAGACCUCAAGCUAUCGUACCUCCAAUGAUUACCAUUACUGAACAAUUUGCAGCUAUUUCUUUAGAGGAUGAUGUGAAGAAAUGUCUGGGACAAAAUAAUAAGCAAUCUGUUAUCGAUAAUAAUAAUACUUAUGGAUGGAAACCGAUAUCAAAUAAUCAUGAAUAUAAUCAGUGCUCCUUGAUUAAUUGUCAUAGUACAAUUAAUGAUAGUGGUACCACUAAAACAAGCUCAGAUGCUAACGUUAUGAAUUGUACCAGUAAUAUUAUAAACAAUAACGCCAUGAAUACAGCGUAUGCCGCAGAUGGUGUGAUCAAAAUGAUAGAUGAUUUAUCUACAACUGUUACAGAUUCAGAUUCUGUAAUUGUUACAAACUUAGAAAACGCUUCUAAACGUAGUCUGGAACUUCCUUCAACUAUUAGAAAUCAACAGAUUUUAUUGCCUGUUUUGGAAAAUUUGAAUCCAUCAGAUAACAGUAGUGAUCACAAUUUAGCAAGUACCACUGUUUCAACAGUUGCAUACAUCUCGUCAUUAACUGCUGACACGAGUGCUUCUGAAACAACAACUUGUUCAAUUGCGUCUUCAGAUGCUGUGAUAUCUUCUGUAAAAGUGCCACUGGUUUCUGUUAAAAAUGCACAUGUAUCAGCUUCAAACAAAUCCUCGUGUUCUUCACGUUCAUCAGCAUCAAAUCAGCCUUCAACAUCCAGUCAAAAUGUCACUGCUAAACUUCAUGCUACACGAUCUAUACGUUCUUCAAGUUCUCGUGUAAAUGGCAUUGUAUCGUCAACAACAAAAUAUAUAAACCGGAGUGGAUCAGGUCAGGCUCCUCGAACGAAGUCAAGUCAUUCACCAAGAAUUAGCACCAAAAUCUCAUAUUCGACUUCUACAAACAAUUCUGGCAUUGUAGAAAAUAUGCGUAAAGUAAUUGAAGAUCGUCUCAAUCUAACGCUUCCCUCAGACCGAUCUCAGUUAGCAGCUUCAUUAUCUGAUGGCGUUAAGCUGUGUAACUUUGCUAAUCAGAUUCGAACGAAAGCUGUAAGUAGUCUGUUCACGCCAGUGGCAAAAGAUCUACAGUUAUCGCCACCAAAAUGUAGGCGAAAUGUUGAUAAUUUUUUGGCUGCUUGUCGGCGAAUUGGCGUUCCUGAGGUAAAUUUUUCAAACUUUGACCUGGAAUAUUUUUUAGUAAAUUUGUAUACUAAUCAAAUUUUGAGAUAAAA